CAGCAGGCCCAUCCACCCCCCUUGCUGGCCCUGCUGCCUCCGAUCAGCGGCCUCUUCCUCUGGCCGCGGCUGUUCUCUCUGGACCUGACUGGCGGGGGGCGGGGCCGCAGAGCCGCGCUGAGACCCCGAUUGGCGGCGCCCCAGCCCCGCCGUCCCUCCGCGGUGUUGAGGCCGGGCAUCCUCCCCCUACCCCGUCCUGUGGGGAGCUGCGCGGGCCUUCCCGGUGCGUGACACAGCGGGGCUGGUGUGAGCGGGAGCUCCCCGAGCGGAUCGGGUUUGGGCGCAGACCGGCUGCCCUCACCGCUGCUGUGGUGCUGUGUUCCCGCCUUACCUUGCAGGCUUUCAGGUACAUUGUCAAUACCUUGCAGAGGCAAUGGAGAUAAUGAUGCAAACUCUGUUGUAAUUAAAGCAUAAAGAAAAAAAAGCAUUCUUAGCUCUCAGUACUCUGCCAGUAUCAUUCAAUGCCUAACAUUUCAGAAGAUGAAAAGGAGAAUGGUUCUGGAAAUAAUGGAAACACCGAAAACAAACCUGGGAAAGAAUCCCCAGAAGCUUCGCUUCAUGAUCCCAUUAAGCCGUACUGCAUGACAGAUGCCUCCACUGCGUCCUUGGUAUCGAGGGGAAAUGGGCAUUAUCCAUGGGGAUGUCCUGUGACUCAUACACGAGAAAAAUUUUAUACCAUCUGCUCAGACUAUGCUUUUUUAAACAGAGUAACAUCUAUUUGUAAGAGCCCAAGUGCUUCAGUUAGUGCCUGCCUGUCAGGCAGUGCUGCCUUAAAUGUUGGAAAUAACACCCCUGGCUUACUCGGAAUUCAAACUGGUGCUUCAGAUAUAAUCUAUAGUGAAGAUGCUAACUUGGAAGGCUUGUCUGGUGACCUUGGAAAGCUUCCCCUGGCAUGGGAAAUCGACAAAUCAGAAUUCAAUGGCGUCACCACCAAUCUGAAGAACAAAGCAGGCAACAUGAAGAAGCAGGUGACAAAGAAAAAAUCUGUAGACAAGAAAAGCAAACACCACAGGGAGUGUCCUCAGCGUUCUGCCCUUGAAGAUGUGAAGGAGAGGAAAGUGUUGGACCUCCGGAGAUGGUAUUGUGUUAGCCGACCUCAAUACAAGACUUCCUGUGGAAUUUCAUCUUUAGUGUCUUGCUGGAAUUUCUUAUAUAGUACACUGGGAGCUGGAAGUUUACCACCUAUUACUCAAGAAGAAGCUUUGCAUAUACUGGGAUUUCAGCCUCCAUUUGAAGAGAUUCGAUUUGGUCCCUUCACUGGAAAUACAACUUUAAUGAGAUGGUUUAGGCAAAUAAAUGAUCACUUCCAUAUCAAGGGAUGCUCAUAUGUUCUGUAUAAACCUCAUGGGAAGAACAAGACGGCUGGAGAAACUGCUGCAGGGGCCCUUGCAAAGCUAACGCGUGGACUGAAAGAUGAAUCAAUGGCCUACAUAUACCAUUGCCAAAACCAUUAUUUUUGCCCAAUUGGAUUUGAAGCAACCCCAGUAAAAGCCAGCAAAGCCUAUAGGUUGCUGGAUUUGGACUCGGGAGACCUAGGUUCAGUUCCCAGUUCAACCACAGACUUCCAGUGUGACUUUAGAGGUCGUGUCUUGCAGCAAGAAGUAGAAUAUUGGAUCUUAAUUGGAGAGCCGAGCAGAAAACAUCCGACAAUACACUGUAAAAGGUGGGCAGAUAUUGUCACUGACCUAAACACCCAAAAUCCAGAAUAUCUAGAUAUUCGUCACCUAGAGAGAGGAUUGCAGCAUCGAAAAACAAAGAAGGUUGGAGGAAAUCUUCAUUGCAUCAUUGCCUUUCAGAGACUUAGCUGGCAAAGAUUUGGGCCUUGGAAUUUUCCAUUUGGAAACGUUAGACAGGAUAAACAAUCCCAAACCCCAGGACAAGGAAUUUCCAAAUCUGAGAGUGAAGACAAUAUCUCUAAGAAACAACAUGGACGACUGGGUCGAUCAUUCAGUGCUAGCUUUCAUCAAGAAUCUACAUGGAAGAAGUCUAAUCUUCGUGAGAGGAGGAAUAGUGGGUAUCAGAGUUAUAAUGAUUAUGAUGGAAAUGAUUAAAAUUAACUUUAGAUAAUAGACUUGAUAUAUUAAAGUUAGUUUUAAUCAAGGCAUAUUAGGGAUCUAUUAGUCCUAGAAUAAGUAUGAAUAGAAGUUUUGGUACAAGAUACAUCUUCAUAAUCAUUAAAUAAAUCUAAUUAUAUGAUUGCAGUGGAUGAGAUCUGAUGUAUAAGCUGACAGAUAAGCACAGGUUAUUGUAUUUUUGCAAUCAAAACUAAAUACGACUGCAAAAUCAAUCAUUUCUUUUGAAAUAAUUGUAUUAUGUCCUCAUCUGUGAAAACAAAAGAGCAGAUUGAAAAUAAUUGAUGUUAUAAACAGACUUUGUUGAAAGUACUUAGUAUUCAAAAGCAUGGAAAUUUAUGGUAUGACUUUAUAAAAAGGAUUGUUCUUCAAGUUAUGUAAAGGUAAAAGCAAACAUUGCCUUCCUUUUGAACACUCCAUUUUACUGAGGCAGCCCAUAUCCAGUGAAAAGGAAAACAAAAUCAUACAGGUUAGAAAGCCUUGUCAGAUUUACACAGUGAGUGUACAUUCUCCAUUUAGUGCCCAGUGGAUUUCUGUCAGGCAGAUAAUCAUAUUUUGUCAAGCAGGUCUCAGUUUCUUUUCCCUUAGCUAGAUACCUGUUUCAGACUGAGAGAAAUCACCUGUGGUGGGGAAUAUUUGAGGAUGGACCUUCUAUACUGCUUUUGCUCUGCAGGUACAGUAACUGAAUUCUUACCCUGGAGCCUUUUGAGAGCACAGACUCAACACAAGCUUACAGGAUGCGAUGUUAAAAAGCUGCAUUUGCCAUUAGCCAAAUGAGCUAGCUGAACACUGCGUUCUGUUGGCAGUUCUUUUCCUUGUUCAUUCGUGAAACCUGUCAUUUUUCUGCCGCUCUUUUAAUUUUUGUGUGACGGGGAUGCAAGUGCUGAAAGCUGCUUGCAGCCCUGAUAAUGUACCUCUUGGGCAGCAAACAGCCCAAGUUUUUUCAGGUGUCCCUGUGCAGUCUCCUUUUUCUUUUUUCCUAAUUUGAAAUUUUAUCAAAUUGUUUUCCCAAACACAUCUCAGUGGUUACAACUUUCUGUGUACAGACAUUCAUACCUGCUCACGGAUUAAUUUUUUGACAUAAAAAGAUUUGUCAUGGAACGCAGGGGUUUUGUAGGUCGCUGCUUUUGUUAA